AUUUGAGCCCCAAUUGACAAAAUCACGAUUCAUCGAACAACGGCGACGACAACUUAACUUUACACACAUUCGCAGCUCGAAGUAAAAGACUCCUCCUGCAAUCCGCCGAAUCCCAAAGAAAUCCGCGAAAAAAAAAGGAGGAAGGGCCAGGAGUGGACGGUGCAGAAAUGUUUGGCAAUUGGAAGUUGGCGGCAACUUUUAGGCCUUUGGGGCGUCUGCGUUGGCUGAUGGAAGGAAGCUGGUGCGGCUACCUAGGAGUUGCAUUGUCAGCUAAGCGAUCUUUAAUAGGACUGCACUAAAAAACAUUUUGUUGAAACUGUUAGUUUCAAUUGCAGAUACAAUUGCUUUAUAGCUUAGAUCAAUGUAGCUCUUAAGUAUUAUCCUUUUGAAACUGAGUUAUAUAAAUUUAAACAAAAUAAUAAUAAUAAUAAGACCAUGAAUUAUGUCUUG